AUGCUCAACUACAAGAAAUUUUGCGCCGAAGAAAGGCUUCAAAAGUACAAACUUGUUUGCCGCGUGAAGGCCGAGCCGUCAGUUGGAUUACUGGUUUGCAAAAGACCGUUAUAUGGAGAUAUCAGAUGCAGAGAUGCAGUUCGUGAUGAGAGAAACAACCUUUUGAAACUCAAAAACGAAUAUGAAUUGAACACCGUAGAAGUUUAUAAUAAGCUAAUGCAGAAUGUGACGUGUGCUAGUGGUGACGUAAAUUGGCGUGUAUGUACUGGUCUAUUAAGAUGCUGGAUUGACAAGGAAGAGGGACGUUUCGAACAAGUUCGUGACCACAUUGUACAAGUUGGUUCUCAUUUCGUUUGCUGCACAUUAUUUGAUGCUUCAAAUCAUUUUACUUGGCUGAAGAUUUUUUUGUUUCUAUUAUUAGGGACAAUACAAAGACUUGUCGAAAACAUCAAAUCAAUAACUCUUCCACAACAACUGAAGAAAACUAUCAGGGACAUCGAAAAAAUUAUGGAAUUUAUGAAAUACAAACCAGAAAAAGAUCACUACAGGCAGAUUUGUAAUCUUCAAGGCUAUUUCAUGAGAAAGGGGGGCUUUCAAGUUGCUGAUACCCCAAGAAUUAUGGAUCGUAUUGGUCUCAAACGUUCGUGUUAUGCAGGAGAGCCGACAACUGAACAGGUCCUAAAAGCACUCCAACAAAUCAGAAAAGAGCUUCAAAAAGGAGCAAUGAGUUCUGGAAAAACAAAUCUUAUUCAGAAACUUAUUGUUUUUUUAAAGAGUUGGUUUGCUUUUUAGCUUAACUGUCCUUUCUUUGAUUUUAAUUUGAUUUUCAAGUGAUUUCAAACUUGUUUAUGAUUUUUUAAGGGUUAGGAAAGUCAUUAGACGAAAUUCUAGUUAGAAAUGUAUUAUUAAUCUUUCACGUACCAAUAUUGAAAAUAUAAGAUGAGCAAGCAAAAAAUUGUGAUAUUCAAACGCUUUGUAACGUUUUGUAAACAUUUUGCAAACGUGCUGAUGUUUGU